GUCUGUCUUUCACUCUUACAGCUUUGGAUAAGAAAAAAACUCCAGACUGAUUCCUGCAUUUGGAAAAAUACUAAUAUCCCCAAAAAAGCCCUGAUGAGUUUUAUUUUGAAAGUCCUUGGAGGAAGUGACCCUGUUGCUGUCUUUGUUGACUUCACAGUGAAGAAAGCAUCUUUAUGCAGAAGACUUCAGAGCUGCAGGAAAAGAAAAUGGAGAAACUUUUACAGCCGAUAAUCUGAAUCACUAUAAGCAAGGAUGUCUUGGCCGGCUCUGUACGCUCAGCUGGUCGGCACCAACCGGCACUCCACCUCCCUGGGAAAAGUGUGGCUCUCUGUGCUGUUUAUUUUCAGAGUCAUGGUUCUGGUUGUGGCCGCUGAGAGCGUCUGGGGCGACGAGCAGUCCGAUUUCACCUGUAACACACUACAGCCUGGCUGUGAGAACGUCUGUUAUGAUCAGUUCUUCCCAGUGUCCCACAUCCGCCUCUGGAGUCUCCAGCUGGUCUUUGUGUCCACACCAACCCUCCUGGUCUCCAUGUAUGUGGCCUACCGCAACCACUGCGAUAAGAGACGAAUCCUUCAGAGUUCUGGACGGGCUAGCGUACUCAACAAUAAGGGGCAAGAAGAAGAGCUGGAGUCGCUAAAAAAGAGGAGACUCCCAAUAGCUGGCGCCCUCUGGUGGACAUACCUCUGCAGCCUGGUGUUUAAGAUGAUGUUUGAAGGUGGAUUCAUGUACGCCCUGUACGUUGUGUACGACGGUUUCCAGAUGCCACGCCUUGUGCAGUGCGAUCAGUGGCCAUGCCCCAACCUGGUGGACUGCUUUGUCUCACGGCCCACGGAGAAAACCAUCUUCACCAUUUUCAUGGCUACUGCCUCUUCUAUCUGCAUGGUCCUUAAUUUGGCUGAACUUGCAUAUUUGGUCGCCAAGGCUCUCAACAGCUAACCACUGAAAACACCUUGUUUUCAAUGAAACUUUGAGGGCAGAGGGCGAAAUCUGCAAUUCAAGAGACAGAUUUGGGUCUGAACAAACCAUCUGCUCUAGGAUGAAGGUGCAUCACAUAGCAAAGACUUUUAAGAGCAGUUUUAAUUGCAGAUAAAUCACUUCUGUGACCCCAGAAAUGGUGACGGAUGUCAACAAUGAAUUUUUAUGCACAUCUUGAAUGCCAAUUGUUUUUAUACCAUUGUGGAGCCUUUGGGCCAUCUACUGGGCAACAAUAAAACUGCACUGGGGCAGACUGUCAGAUUGUCAGAAUCCUGACAACUAAAUCUUUUUGCAUAACCA